AUGAAAGUGUGCGAGCCAUGGUGUUUGCGUGCGGGCUACGAUUUAAUUUCUGGAGAGUUUGAGAAUUUCACGAUGCUGACAGGGAGCGCGCCGGAUUUUGGACGAUUUGUGGCAUUUGGAUUAGCAAACCAAGCAUUGAGAAUGGGCACAUCAUCGGGAUUCGGAGGUUGCAACUCUGCUGAAAAGUUCUUUUAA